AUGUCUUCUAUUGAUGAAUCAAACGUGAAGAGUUAUUUUGUGGUGAGGAAGGUCUGGAAUCCCGACCUGUUUCGUGUAAACAUGAAAUAUGGCAGUCAGUGUGCAAAAGGUAUGACUUUGAAAGCCUGGUGCGAUGCGUUAGGAGCAAUUACAGUGAAUCUUUCCGUAGGUUGUUUAAACCACACAGAUGCAUUCCUGAGUGGUAGAACAGUUUUGAACUUUCCAGUUGACCUUGACCAAAAAAAGGAAUGGAAAACUUCAGUUAGUUUAAAAGAUUAUAAAUGCAGUCUCUAUGGCUACUAUUUUGAUUACAAUGGGUUUCAGAUUAGAUGGAAAAAUGUAACAAGUGGAAUCUUUAAACUUAAGCCCAAAGGACAUGAAAAGAUUGUUUCCAUAGAGGGGCAAGACAAGAAUGGACAUGUUUCUGGGAGGAUCAUCAAACUUUACCUCUUUUGCUCAAACAUAACACUGCAAAUAAAGCCAAAAUUAGAAUACUGCUAUCUUUUCAAGGCACAAGGAUCUGUAACUCAUUAUGCCCCAGCAAGGAAUAGUUCUGUAUAUGCUGUUCCAACGGCUUUGAAUUCUCACACCCCAUCAUCUUUGUAUUCAUUUUUGCCUUCUCUUGGAAUACCACAAUCAACACAAACAUCCUCACUGUCAUCAAAGCCACAACAAACAUCAUUACCUUCUCCUUCACCUGGUGCAACCACAAGAAGUCCUGCAACACACACAGGUGUAUUUUCAAUAUUUGUAUCAGCGCAUGUUGAAACCAGGUCACUUCAGACUAAGCCGGCUUUAUGUUCAACUAGACCAAUUCUGUCAUCAACAUCAACAGCAGAACUGGAAAGCUCCUUGCCAGUCAAUUCAGAAGAAAUUUCUAAUCAAGUAGUUAACACUGGGAUUCCAAAAUCUUCGGUUGGCACAGGGGAACCAAAUUAUAGUGAACCAUCAGAGUUACCAACCACUGAGUCAAGUCUUCCUACCAGGGAUGGUCCAGGAGACAAAGAGGCAAGGAAAGGUGGAAAAGACAAAGGAGUAGCAAUUGGUGGAGGAGUUGGUGGUGCUGCUGUUUUUGGGAUUGUUGUCAUAGGGUUGAUCAUUGUAUUUUGUAGGAGAAGAAAGUUACGGGAAAGUACAGAAAAGAUAGAAGAACUACAUGUAGGAGUUAAGAACCCAGUGUACGAGAAACCUCAAGAUGACAUACAAAUGGAAAGACAUGGAGAGAAAGCCACAACUUUUAGUGGAAAAGACAGUCAACCAACUUACAUGGAACUUGUUGACAACAGAGGACAUGAAAGUUACAGAGCUGUGUACAGUACUGCAGAUGAAAAUUAUGACAAUUCAUCUGUUUAUCAAAGUCUGGACAAGAAUACACCUGCAGCAUCACCAGUUUACCAGAGUUUACAGAACAACCAGCCUUCCACUAAGAAACCUAUGCCUAAACAGAAAAUAAGCAAUGCAGAAAAACCUGGAAAACCCAGUGUACCCUCAGACCCUGUGUACAAUGUCCUUGAGGAGUCUCACACCAAACAAGGAAAUACAUCAGAGGCAAUAUAUAAUGUACUGGAAGGGCCAGAUCCUGGACAUGAUACUUCAGGGAACAUUCAGGACCCUGUUUACAAUGUGCUGGAUGGGUCUGAUGCAGGACAGACAUAUGAGGCCCCAGAUGUUGGUGUUCAACAGGAUCCACUGUAUAAUGUGCUUGAGGUGCCUGAAUCCAAACAAGAACAUCAGGAGCCGCUUUAUAAUGUGCUUGAAAGUGCAGAUACUGAAAAUGCCCCUUCCAGACAGCAUGGCCCCUCUGAUGGUGCAACCAGUGAGCCCCUGUAUAAUGUUCUUGAUGGGGCAGAUUCAAGUGGAGCAAAUUCAAGUGAUGCAGAAUAUGCUGCUCCCAACAGAUCCCUGUCUGCCAAUGGUCAUGACAACCCAGCCUAUGAGCAGACCCUUAAAUUUGGUGUACCACAUGCAUCAGUGCACAGCCCUGGGUCAGAGAGAGAAUCUUUGUAUGAACCCCUGAAAGAGUCAGAUAGGCAAGAUGUUUAUGAGCCCCUUCGCAAAAAAGGGAAAUGAGUUGUACCAAGGACAUGGACCUUGAGUUGAAUACAAAGUUAGCAGAAGUUGGUUGCUAUUUAGGGGCCUAGGAGCUCUCCAUGGAAAUUAAAGUCAAUAUUGACUCUCAAUUGUCAUUGUUUCAGCCAUUAAAUCAAAUGAGGCAAUGGGAGUAGGAAUAAAACUCAAUUCUCUACACUAACUUGUAAUUAAAAUGGGCAUCUCUUUCUGACAGGGUGCAAUUGCAUGACAUGUAGAGUUAUGGGGCAAGUUACAAGUGAAAUAUUUUAUAAAGUAUUUAAAAAUUUGUAUUUUUGUAACAAAGGAUGUAGCCAUUUGCUGCUAAGCAGAAUUCAAGAACACUAUUUUUGUACUGAAACUUUUUGAAUGACUACAAUUCUGUGGUUUAUAAAGCGAAAAAUAAUUUUGCUCUUAAUAGUUGUUUUUAAUACUUAUCUAUGGUUAUCACCCAAACCACAAUAAUUUUGCACUGUGAAAUACAGUAUUAUACCUCAGAAGAAUUUUAUGAAUAGUUUUUGUUAUUGUAAGAAUUUGUAUAUGUAAUUACAUUUUGAGUGCAAUUUGGAAUAAAUAAGUACGAGUAAAUUUUUUCAAAGACUAACAAAACUGCACGAGCCUGUAGGGCGAGUGCAAUUUGUGGUCUUUGAAAUAAUUAACAAGAGCUCAUUUAUUCCAAACUGCACGAAAACAAUCAUGUGAUUACUUAUUAAUAAUAUACUGAAAAAAUACGAGAUAGCGUAUCAUAAUUACGCAGAAGCAAAGCGCGCAUCAAGUGCAAAAAUAAUUUAUUCAAACCUGUACAUUCGGUCAAAACAACCGCGUACGAUUAAAACAGUAAUACACAAUGAUAUUCUCACAUCUAUAAGGCGCAAAAAAGUUCAAAGUCCGGCCAAACAGUUCAAGGAAUUGUUCAGUCUGUGUCCGAAUCACUUUCGAUGGAAUGGAGUCGUCGUUUGCGAGGUUUAACUAUGCUUGUUUUUAAUUUCGGCGUACAAUCGCUCGAGCAAAGUGUUGAGCUGGAUCGGCUCGUAAUUUUGAUUUCCUUGACAAUUCCCCUCUCUAAACACCACUUUUUCCAAACCGACAACCAAAAAGCAGUGCAUUUUACAGUGAGGCAGAGUAUGCAGUUCCAAGAGAACCCCGUUCUCCCGGUAGCCGUAACAUCCCAUCCUAUGAGCAAACUCUGGAGUUACACGUACCUUAUGACAUAAGCUUGUCCAACAACGGGUCAGUUUAUGAGGCCCUGAGAGGCGCUGAUGACGAUGACAUGUACCAGCCUUUAACAGUAACUUAAGUUGUAAGCUUUAGAACGUAGCCAAAGAAAUUGCUGCGAAUAAAUAUAUUUUAGUACUGUA